CCUGAAACAACAUUCACUCCCUGACAACCAGACAUCACUCCGACCCACCCCGCCCACGCCUUCCGUCGCUGCUGUAUUCUUAUACAUUCACUCGUUACCCGCGCUCGCUCACCCAUCACGACUGGGGAACUCCACCGCCACCGCACGCCUCAGCCCACGCUGAGCGUCUUGUUUUCGGCCCCAUACAGACUGUCUCUCCAUCCGUCACUGUCCACCGAGCGACAAGAUGGGCUUCGGCGACUUCACUACAAUAUGCCAGAAGACGGCGAUACCAUUGUGCGCCCUUGUGGGUCACCAGGAGAUCAACGACGGCGCCGGCAUACAGGCGUCAUGUUACUCGCGGACCAUUGAGCUGGCAAACACACUCAUCUUCCAGGCCGCGAACGACUUCAUGCACAUUCUCGCCCUGAUCAUGACUGUUGUUAUGAUCAUCCACGUGCGCUCCAAAUUCACCGCUGUCGGUCGCAAAGAGAUCACAUCCUUCUUCUACAUUUACCUCGUCCUCACCGUCGUUUCGCUCGUCCUCGACGCCGGCGUCGCUGCCCCCGGCUCCGCAUCAUACCCGUACUUCGCUGCAGCGCAAAACGGCCUGACGUCUGCACUCUGCACCUCCCUGCUGAUCAACGGCUUUGUCGGCUUCCAGCUGUACGAAGAUGGAACAACGCUUUCAGUGUGGCUCCUGCGACUCUGCUCGCUAGGCAUGUUCAUCAUUGGCGGCGCCGUCUCACUCCUCACAUUCAAGGGCUGGGCCGGCUUGAGCCCCGAGAACCCGAUCGGCAUAUUCGUCGUUACAUACAUUGUGAACGCAAUUUGCCUCUUCGUUUACACCUGCAGCCAGAUCCUGCUCGUCGUGGGAACACUGGAGGACCGCUGGCCGAUGGGCGAUAUUGCCUUCGGCGUCUUCUUCUUCGUCAUUGGCCAGGUAAUCCUAUACGUCUUCAGCGACACCAUCUGCAACAACGUGCAGCACUACCUGGACGGUCUCUUCUUUGCGACCAUCUGCAAUCUACUGGCCGUCAUGAUGGUCUACAAGUACUGGGACUCCAUUACUCGCGAAGACCUCGAAUUCUCCGUCGGCGUCAAGGCGCACAACUGGGAGGUCAAGGAACUUAUUCCGGAAGAAGACAAGCGCGGCACCAUCUAUAACGAGUCCGAAUACGCCCCGUCGGUGUACACUCAGCCGUAUACCCGCACUUCGCACUACUCCGCAGUCGGACACUAACAUGCGCUUCGUUCGGAUUUUCUGCUUUCCAGAAUACCACUUUUUGUUUAUACUGAUGCGCUUGCAUGGCAUGGAGUUUCGGCGCGUGGGAGUUGCAGCACGGGACGCAUAAUCGACGUGUAUGGGUUCAGCAUCGCUUUUGGUUAAAAGCCUUUCACGAACGGGGCGUAGCCCUGGAGGGCAGGAUGUCACUGAGGAGCAAUUCGCGGAAAAGGUACUUGGCACAUGGCGACCCCAAUAGCUUAUAUGUAGUAAUAUCUAUCAUUUCGACAUCAGAG